AUGCCGGAACUCCUUGGCAAGCAAAUCAGCCCCAUUGGCCUAGGCCUGAUGGGGCUGACGUGGCGCUCUACUCCUCCGCCCCAGGAACAAGCGUUCGCCACCAUGCGGGCCGCCAUUGCCAACGGCUGCUACUGCUGGAACGGCGGCGAGUUCUACGGCACUCCCGACUACAACAGUCUGGUGCUCCUCGAACGCUACUUUGAAAGGUACCCCGAGGAUGCCGACAAAGUAGUCCUCAACAUCAAGGGCGGCGUCAACCCCAAAACCCACCAGAUCGAUGGCUCGCCCGAUCACACGCGCCGCACCCUGGACGACAGCAUCGCCCAGCUCAAGGGACGCAAGAAGAUCGACAUGUUUGAGUUUGCACGCCGCGACCCGAACGUCCCGCUCGAAGUCACCUUUGGUAUCAUCGACAAGGAGUAUGUCCAGACGGGUAAGAUCGGAGGCAUUUCCCUGUCCGAGGUGCGCGCCGAGACCAUCCACGAGGCUGUCAGGUAUACCAAGGUUGUUGCCGUCGAGGCCGAGCUUUCCAUGUUCACCACCGAUAUCUUGGACAAUGGCGUCGCAGCCGCCUGCGCGCAGUACGGGAUCCCGAUCAUCGCCUACUCGCCUAUUGGCCGCGGCAUGCUGACCGGCCGGCUGAAGAGAUACUCUGACCUGCCCAAGGACUCGCUGCUGCAGCAGUUUGACUUCCCGCGCUUCCAACAGGAGAACUUUGAGAAGAACCUGCAGCUUGUGAGCAAGGUCGAGGAGAUUGCUGCCAAAAAAGGCUGCACGCCGGCGCAGCUGGCGAUCAACUGGACGAUCGCGCUGUCACGGCGGCUGAAGACCACCAUCAUGCCAAUUCCUGGAUCGUCAACGCCUGAGCGGGUGGAGGAGAACGGCAAGAUUUUGGACGUGUCGGACGAGGAGCUGGACCAGAUUGACACUAUCCUGAAGAACUUCACCCCGGCUGGCGGGCGCUACCCUCCUGUUAUCCAGACUGACACCUAA